GGUGAUUAGCUUUGUGACUGAGCAGAACUGGGACUCUCUUGAGGUGUUUGAUGGGGGUGACAACACUGACACCAUGCUGGGGAGCUUCUCAGGCACAACCGUCCCAGCCCUCCUAAACAGCACCUCCAACCAGCUCUACCUGCACUUCUUCUCAGAUAUCAGCGUCUCUGCAGCCGGUUUCCGUCUGGAGUACAAGACUGUGUCCCUCACUAGCUGUCCUGAAACGGUUGUACCCAUGAAUGGCUUCAAAGUGGGUGAGAGAUUACAGAUGAACAGUGUGAUGUCCUUCCAGUGUGACCCUGGAUAUACUCU